ACGCAGGGUAGUUUCGGGUCCAUGUGAAAUAGCCGCAUUUUGAUGACCCCUGACCCUCGUGCUGCCUGCAAUUGCAAAAUACCCUACGGCAGCGACGUGGACGAAGAGGCGGCGACCGAGAACGAGGGAGGAGCCACCAUGGCCUUGUGCUCCUGCUUCGGGCCUUCCAAGGCCGAGAGGAGGGCGGCUGACCUCGCCGAGUCUCAGGACGCCCGUGCCAAAGCCGCCGAGGCAGCUCAGAGGAGGAGUAACAUGGAGGUAAACCGCAGGCAGGAACAAUUUGACAAAUCGGCUGCCGGAAGAGCGGCGAAAGCACAGAUGGCAGCAGCAGCAAAGCAAUCCAGCGAGUCGAGCAAAGGGGAACCGGUCCUCAAGUGGCAGAUGGGAUGACUUGUAAAUUCUUGUGGAUUCUCAGAGUGGAUGCUGCCUUCAAAAUCAUCUCUUCUACACUGACCUUUCAUUUCGAAGAAUGGAUCAGCUCGCAGCAGAAAAUUUUAACAGUGCAAGUAGUCAAUGUAUCGACGAAUAAUUUUGUGUGCAUUUGACUGUUUAUGUCCUUAUCGUCCUUCGAGGUUCCUUUAGCAGCAAACUUGUUUAUAUCCUACGUUUGAAGAAUGUAUUGCUGAGGAAUAAAAAUAAAAGGUAAUUGUCCUGGAGAGGCCUUGAAGUCA